AUGGCCAAACAAGGCAUUGGCCGUCAGCCAAACGAUCAAUUCGGGGGAACACCACCUCAAAGCGUGAGUUAUUUCCAUGGCAAGAUUACACGGGAUCAAGCCGAGGCAACUCUGUUUGCUCACAAAGCUUUGGAGGGUCUUUUUCUCCUUAGGGAAAGUGUUAAUCAAAAUUAUGCCAUCUCAAUUUGCCACGGUGGACGCGUGCACCAUUACAACAUCGAGAAACAACCGGAUGGAACUUAUCAGAUCCGAACGGGUAAGUCACCAAUCUCGUCUUUAUUUAUGUAUGAAUCUAGCGGAAAAAUCAGUUGUAUUCAUUUAUUUAUUUAUUUAUAUUAA